AUGAAAGUCAUUACCUAUCUAGCCUUUACAUUUCUGUCAAUACUCAUUCAGUUUUGUGUUAUGGAUUAUAUUCAAGAGAAAAUAGAGACUGAAGAAUCUGUGAAUCUCAGUGUGACAACUCAUAAAGAAAUAUUAAAUGAUUUAUUGAAGAAUAUUAGUGGCAAACCUCAUGCUCUUUACUACAGAACUAUCUCAAACAGAUCACUGAAGAAUGCCUCUCCAUCAAAGAUUUAUAAUAACUCCUCAAUGGCAGAUGUAUCUACAGGAGCAACAGAUGGAACUACAACUAUAUUAGAUGUGUUGUAUGAUGAAAAUACUUCUGAUAUAGAAGUAGCUACCUCAACCACAGAGAUGUACUACACAAGCACUGAAUAUGACAAUAUUACAGAAAUAACAUUCUUUGAAACCAAUAAUAAAUCGUCUAGUGUACCUAGUCUCACACCGAAAACUAGCUUUAAUAUGCCAUGUGAUUGUAACUUAUUGUAUAAAGUAUGUGACAUAAAUUGCUGUUGUGAUGAAGAUUGUUCGGAUAUUCAUUACAAACUGUUUCAAUGCCAAGAGCCUGGCAAAGGUGAUAGAAAAGCAGUAGAUGGAUGUAUAACUCAUUUACUAGACGAACAGAGGUAUGGGGGCAGUAUGCUUGAUGAUUUGUUUUGUAUAGUUAAGACUAAUUUACCAAGCAAAAGGAAUAUCAAAAAGUAUGGUGAAGCUCCAGGAUUUUAUUACAAAUGGGAAAGCUCUAGUCAGAAACAUUACUCUUAUGAAUUUAAAAAAACGUACACACAGGGUGAUCCUAUAUGGAUAUUAAAAAAUGAAUAAUCUAUUAUUUAGAUUUUCCAGCUCCAAUGAUGAAUAAUUACUGUACUGAUAGAGUACCUAUUGCUUUUCUCAAAGAGGAGAAAAUGUCAUGUAAUGUUAAACUUAAAGAUUUAGAAAUGUUUAAUAUUUUAAAAACUUCAGAAGAAGCUAUGGUUAUUAGUGCUACUAACAACACAAUUAACAGUACUGCUUUGAAUUGCACGACUCUCCAUUGUGUCAAUUGGACUAUACUCACGUGUGAAAAUGGAUUUUGUACAAAUUAUGAUAAGGUUCAAAAUGAGGCUUCGUGCACUGAAGAUAUUUGCACCAACAUUGCAUUGAAAGUUGAAUACGAAUUCUAUUAUUAUGAUUUAAAAAUUACAAAUGCGACAAUAAAAUUACACGUUCAAAAUGUAUCAAAUGCUUUGCCAUUCAUGAUGCAAGAAGUCAGAGUACAUUUUUAUAUGUCAAAUAAGUCUACAGAGAAUGUAAUUGAAUUAAGUGGAAAUCUAGGAUACAUCAAUGGCCUUCCGGUUAUAGCAUCGUAUGCUAGUAAUAAUUACACCGACCACUUUUUUAAUAAUUCUACAGAAAAAAGACGCAUUUUAUUACCAGAGAACAGAAAUGGACUCUGUGUUCGAACAAACACAACAAAUAAUUUUGCAAAAUUUGGGGUCAACAAAAGAACUAAAUGUCGCUAUAUUUAUUUACCCAAGAACAAAUCGAAACAAAAAUUGUGCAACAAUAUACAGGUGAUAUUAAUGAACUGCUCAGAUUAAACAAUAAUAUAUCGGUUUCCCCUCUUGGGAACCCACAGGACAUUACUGACGAUAAAUGGUUACAUUUGUAUUUAGACAAACAUAAUUUGGAACCUGUUUUUGGAGAAUAUAAUGAAAACACUUUGAAACUUUACUGUUAUAAUUUAAUUAACAGACUCUCUUUCACCUUCAUGUACGCUAAUGUUGACGAAAACAGUUACACAGAACAGAACAAAUUACUGUCAGCAAAGUACGAAGUGACUACAAAUAAUUUUACAUUUACUGGUGAAGACAUUUCAUUCGUUAUUACUAUUGAUAUUAAUUUCAUUGAUUUGUCUAAGCCAAGUGUUAUUGAAUAUGCUGGAGGUCCACAUUUAAAUAUUCAUUUACCUAAAGAUUUUUUCUUCCCCUUCCCUCGAAAUAGCUGUACUCAAAUGUUCAACACAUGCUUUGUAACUAUAUGCUGUUAUGUCAUGUUAUUUUUUGCAAAUAAAAUAACUCUUGAAUAA